AUGGGCAGCUAUGAGGAAACAUUGCCAGAUUUUAAAAACUUCACUCUGACCACCAAAUCACAUCCAUUUCCACACUCAGAAUGCUUCAUCCCAUCAACAACACCGCAAUGCCACGCUUCCAAUCUCUUGAUCCUGGAUAAUGGAGACAUGCUCUGUGCCUGGUUCGGAGGAACACAAGAAGGCAAACCCGACAUCAGCAUCUACCUCUCUCGAAAAACCCCAGCCUCCACCUCCUGGUCCCAAGCCUCGCGCGUCACAUUCGACACAACCCGAAGCGAACAAAACCCAGUCCUCUUCCAAACCCCCUCCGGCGAGCUCUGGCUCCUCUACACAUCCCAAAACCUAGGCGACCAAGACUCCGCCCUCGUCAAAAAACAAUCCUCUCACGACAACGGAAUCUCUUGGUCUACACCUACAAUCCUCUUCCCCGAACCCGGCACUUUCAUCCGCCAACCCGUCAUCAUCCUCGACGACGGUCUCACUUGGGUCAUCCCAACUUUCAAGUGCCGUUCCGAACCCGGAACACGCUGGGUAGGCAACGACGACAUCUCCGCCCUGCGAAUUUCCCAAGACGAAGGCAAAACCUGGAUGGAGAAAGAGGUGCCACACAGUUUCGGAGCGGUGCAUAUGGCGAUUCGACAAUUGCCAGAUAAAUCCUAUCUCGCUUUCUACCGCAGUCGAUGGGCAGACUUCAUCCAUAAAUCCACUUCGCGCAACGGAAUCGAUUGGUCGGAACCCAUCCCAACCCCUCUCCCGAAUCCCAAUGCGGGUAUCUGUUUCGAUGUCCUCCCUUCCGGUCGGAUUUUGGUUGUGUAUAAUCAUUCCUCUCGCGUGAACGCUCGGGGCAGGAGGGAAGGUUUAUAUGAUGAUAUCGCUGCCGCGGAUGAUUUGAGGAGGAAUCAGGGUAGUAAGCAUGCGGGCAAGGAGGCGUUUUGGGGCGCGCCUAGGGCGCCGUUGUGUGUUGGUUGGAGUGAUGAUGGUGGCAUGGAGUGGAAACACAGGGUGCUGGAGGAGGGGGAUGGGUUUUGUUUGACGAAUAAUAGUGAGAUGAAGUUGAAUCGGGAGCUUUCGUAUCCGAGUAUUGUGGUUGGGAAGGAUGGAGGGGUGAAUGUUGCUUUUACGUAUUGGAGGCAGGGGAUUAAGUAUGUGAGGUUUGAUCCUGGGGUGGUGGAUCGGGAGUAA